AUGCGCAACAAGAGAUGCAGGUUGCUGUGCACGGAGUCCUUCAAACCGCCUGAAAUCCUCAAGCAACAACUGGGGAAUGACACCCACCCAGGAGCGCAAAUUCCAUUUUAUAAUCGAAUGGCAAAGAUAAAAUUCGGGACUAAUGCUCACACUCUGGACAUGUACAUCCGAAAUAUGACGGAUAUUUUCCCCGCACGAUCGUACAAUUGGGCGAGGGACAACCACGACAACCCGAGGAUGACCUCGCAAUUCUACGAAGAGAGUAAAGACUCGUGGAACAUGUUGCUUCUUCUCCUGCCAGGAGUACCUACUAUUUAUUAUGGCGAUGAGCUGGCAAUGCUGGACUCGAAUGUACGUCAGGAUCAGGAGCAAGAUCCCCAGAAGAGGGGUAGCUUCCGAGAUAAGCCGCGGGAUGGGUGCAGGGCUCCCAUGCUCUGGGAUGACAGCAAAAAUGCAGGAUUCACAACCGCCAAGAAACCUUGGCUGCCGGUCCACCCGAACUACUAUCAUACGAACGUGGAGGCCCAGAGGCGGGAUCCUGAUAGCCACCUCAACAUUUUCAAACGCCUCGUUGAUCUGAGAGGAACGCCCGUCUAUUUACACGGCGACUUACAAACUUUUGUACCCAAGGAGUGGGUUUACAUGUUCACCAGAUCAACCAAGGCGGAAACGAUUGCAGUGCUAAUGAAUUUGGGGUCGGAAACGGAGGAGAUCUGCGCUCGGCAUUCUGCCACGCAUUUACCGGAAACUAUGUUCGUCCAUACAAGCAGUGUCAAUUCUCGCCUCAAAAUUGGGGACAAAGUUAAAACAACCGACGUUGAUGAAACAAAAUGCAUCUCCAUGAGACCGCAAUCCGGGCUAGUUCUGAGCACAACUUCUAGUGACGGCGUUAAAAUAUCGUGUUCAGCCAUUGUUCUCAUCUUAGUUGCCUCCUUCAAAGUCAUUUUAUAGGUCUGAAUUUAAUUCUUAAGUAAAUAAACUUUAAGUGCUAAAAUGA